AUGAAACCGACGAUGCACCAUCCUGACCAUGUCGAGUCCAGCGACCCUGACACUCCGGACACCGCCGACCAGUCGCAGCACACGAGCUCGAACUGCGAGAUCUUGAUCCCACAACCGUCGCAUGAUCCCAAUGAUCCACUGAACUGGUCGAGCUUGGAGAAGUAUUCGACGUAUCUCACGGUGUGCUUCUUCGUCGUGUUGGCGACGUUCAAUGCGUCUAACUUCACCGUGGCGAUCCUGCCUUUGUCCGAGGAAUUCAAUACAUCCACCACGCGAGCGGGAUACUUGGUCUGCUUCAAUGUGUUGUGGCUCGGGGUGGGCAACCUGUUCUGGGUCCCCCUGAUGCGGGUGAUUGGAAAGCGUCCGGUGUAUCUCGCCGCUCUGCUGCUUCUGAUGGGCAGCAAUGUCUGGUCCUUCGAGGCGCACAGCUAUGGUAGCCUUCUCGCCUCCAGGAUCAUCUCAGGCUUCGCAGCAUCGGCAUCGGACGCCACCGUACCGGCUCUUGUGGCGGACCUUUUCUUCGUCCACGAACGCGGCCACUGCAUGAUGAUGUUUCACAUGUCGCUCAGCUCGGGCUUCUUUGUUGGCCCACUCAUCUGCGCCUGGGUAGCGCAAGAGGCCGGCUGGCGCUGGACGUGCGGUCUACUGGCGAUUGCUUCCGGCGGGACUUUCGCAGCGGGUGUCUUUACGAUCCACGAAACAAGCUAUACUCGCGAAAAGGUGGACGUCGGGUUGCCGCGAGACGCUUAUGCACCAAAGAGAAGCUUCGUCCAAGAGCUGAGCAUACUGCGCGGCUACAACGCGGAACAAUCGUUCUUCGGGACUCUUGUACGCAUUAUCUCCAUGGUCGCCUACCCACCUAUUCUCUGGACAGGCCUGACUGUUGGUACUUUCGUUGGGUGGAACAUCGUUGUGCAACUGACCAGCUCUCAAACGUUUACGCAGCCACCGUACAACUGGCAGGUCGGCUUGUUGGGCUGCCUCUCUCUUGCUGGUUUCAUUGGUGCUUUGUUCGCCUUCUUCAUUGGCGGGAAGCUCAUUGAUAUCAUUGCCAGCCGGAUGACCAAAGCCAACGGCGGGCUGCGGCAGCCAGAGUUUCGACUCCCAGCCAUCGUUGUUCCUGCGGUCAUCGGACCCAUGGGGAUCCUGAUCUUCGGCCUCUGCGUCGCUCAUCAAACCACCUGGGUGGGUCCAGCUUUUGGGUAUGCCAUGCAGGGGUUUGGCCUCACCGCGGUCUCCAAUGUGGUAGUCACCUAUGCCGUCGAUGGUUACCAGCCACUUGCUGGUGAGGCGUUGGUUGUCGUGUUUGUGAUCCGCAACUCUCUCGGUACCAUUCUCGCGCUGUACACUAUCACCUGGCAAAUGGCUACCGGACAACAGAAUGCGUUCGGGGAGAUGGUUGGCAUCCAGUACUUCAUCAUCUUGCUAGUCAUUCCCAUGUACUUCUAUGGCAAGCGGAUCCGCGCCUGGACGGCAACCUUCGGGCCAGCCAAGAAUACAAGAGUCCCCAAAGCUGUCGAGGGCAACCGGUCUCUGGGCGAGGUGACCGAGAAGUCCAGUGAGAAGUGA